UACCAUACAAGUAUCUCAAAAUUCCGCACAUCACUAUUAUCCUAUACCCAGUUAUGCAUUCGAUUCAAAUCCGGUGAAAUGCUCCGCACAAGGCCACUUUAUCUGCUUUCUCGGCGGGCCUAUUCCUCCGCACUCUACAUCACCGGGGACAAAGCGAAAGAGCAGUACGCUCCCCUCGUUCCCUACCUGGACUUCCAGGCAAAGCUGUCGGACCUGGAAAAACUGCAGCAGAACCUCCGACUACGCCGGUACCGGUUGGAUUUUGAAGAACUCAAAAAUCAGUGGGCGCUGUACAGAUCGAUCGAGCUGCGCAAACGGGACAUAGAAGCAAAAAGGAUUCACCUGAAGGAGCAAAUCAACAAGACUAAGAAUGAAGACGAAAUCAAACAGCUGAAGUUGCAAGCCACACUCGCUAGGGAUGACCUAAAGAGCCUGAAGGAAAGCGGUUAUUCCAUAGCGGACACGUUCGUUGCGGGGAAUUUCCUGGCCAUCCCGAAUGAGCUACACGAGAGAACGCCAGCGGAAAAACAGAAACUGCUGUUUGAGCGAAAUGUGGAAGGACACUCGAAGCCGAUUGGGGAAGAAUGGUUGGAGAAGUAUGAUUCGACGUGUUUCUAUAUGACGGGGGAUGCUGCCCUGAUGGACCUGUUUCUUCCGAUUAACUGUGCCGGUGUGUUGCAGGAUGCUGGUUUCAUACCGUUCUCGAAUCCCGAUUUCGUUCGAAGCGUAUUAGUAGAGGCAGCUAGGAAGGAUCCCGACUCGAUCUACCUCAUCAACGAAGAAGUUGACCUGGAACACAAACUGAACCUGCUGCAUUUAUGUGGCGGAGGCUCGAUGCUGAGCUUCCUGGGAUACCUGACGAAGCUUUCGGUGUUUCCCACGGCAUUGCCGCUGCGGUUGGUUGCUAUCGGUAAGCAGUAUUUCUACGAUAAGAUCCAAACCAGUGCCGUUCAGAUGUUAGCUGCGUCACAAGAAGGAUCGGAAGCCGUACAAAUAUUCGAUGAAACGAUCGAGCUGUACAAAAAGUUCUACGAUCAGCUGGGCUUGACCUACAGGUUGGUUCAAAUUCCGGCUUACAAACUACAACCGUCUGAAGCCAUGCGAGUGGAUUUGGAAGUGUUCAGUCCAAAGACGGAGGGAUUCGUGAAGGUUGGAGGUGUAUGCUACUACUCGGAUUUCAUCAGCAAAAGGAUAGCUUUCAACUACCACGAAGGAAAAGUGCAAAAGUUCCCGCAUCUUAUAUCCGGGACCGCACUGAAGGCUGCAGAUCUCAUUAAGAUAUUGCUGCAAAAUGGCAUUUGUUUCGAACAGAUGGAUUUUCUCAAACGAUAGAAAUAAUUGAAUAAAGCGUGCUAGUUACGGAAUAGAAAAAUAUAAUAUCA